AUGACGGGUUUGCAAUUACGUGAUUGCAAACAAGAAGCUCUGUUGGCUACAUUUAGAAUGUCCUUGGGGUGCAGAGCUCUGUGCCCCGAACACUCCAAUUGUAGCAUUGUUUUCUGCUGUGAUGUACCUGUUGCUCCAGUUCUGACCCUGGUGCCAAACUACCAGUUGUAUGUAACAGGAGAGACUCUUGAAAUGUUAUGCGUGGCUAGUGCUGAUUACAAUUUUAAUAUACGUAAGAAUGAUCAACUCCUUAUGAAGUCUACUGUCCCCGGGAUUGUAUAUCGUUAUCCAAUACAAAGUCUAAACCAUGGUGACAGUGGGAACUACACUUGUACGUACAAUAGAAACAUACAGGGUCGAAUAUUAGAGUCAUUCACAAGCCAGCCUCUUAAUGUGCAUGUGAUUGACUCACUGCCAGCUCCAAACCUCACUUUGGGGUACUCGGUAGAAAAGGUCAAUGAUGGUUUCCAGGUGACACUCAACUGUUCUGCACCAGACUCUGACCUAAUGAGGACCUUCUACUUUAUUGAGACAUCUGAUAAACACUCUGAGAAAAAUGUGACAGAUUAUUCAGCCUCUCUAAAGUGGGAACUAGGGCGCAUCAGCCAUGUUACCUUCUACUGUGAAUAUGAGGAGGAGAUCCAAGAGAGAAAAAUUAGGUCUAGAAGAAGCCAGAGGCUUACUAUACCCCUUGCAGGGCCCUCUUUGUUGUCACCUCCAGCGGUAGCGGGGAUUAUUGGAGUUGUAUCACUUCUUCUCUGCUUAGCUUUGGUACUCAUAUUCUAUAUGAAGUAUAAGAGAAAAUACAAGGAAAAAAGACUUCACUUCAGUUUGUACUGGAAGACACCAAAGAAGGCUUCCAAACAACACAUUCUAAAUCAUGCAAAAAGCAAGGAAGAGGUCAACCAAGAUCAGGAAAAUUUAAGAAAAGUGUCAAGAAAAUCAAAGCGUCUGUCAAUUGCCACAGCAAAGGAGGACAAGUCAGAAGACAUUGCUAUGAACUUCUUUACAUUUCAGACUGGACAGAGUAAAAAUGUGCCUGAUGAUGACCUCUCAACAUUUCAGAGUCAGCCAGAACAGAGUGAAGAUCUACCUACUUCUGCCCUUGCUACAUUUCACUGUGAGCCUAGACCUAGACCUAGUGAAGAUCUACCAACCGCCAACUGUGUCUGGAAUUACUCUCACCUGUAGGAAAGGCUCAUUGAACAAGGCUGAUGUGUUUACAGUACAGAAAAAAAGGUUUCUCACUUCCAGAAGCGCACACAGGGCUGAGCACAAUUUUAUUAUACUGGGCUGGUGAGCUGUGUUCUUUGUACAGCCCGGGAAGGGGACCAAUAUUCACACACCACAUUCACGUUUCUUUCUGUUACGAUUACAUUAAUAUCUCUUUAAACACACUUUUGCUAUUGUAACACAAAAGAAAGUAUAGUUUUAUCCUAUUAUGUAUUAAUGACUAUAGGAAAUGAGACCACAAGAUGCACUGUAUGGUCGAUACUGCACUAUUCUUUUAUUCAAGAGCACAUUAACUCCUAUAAUAGAGGAACUAAUUAAAUAUACAUA